AUGCUGUGGGACCCUGCCAUCGUGGAGGACUACGAGGCGUCCAUCAAGGAACUCACGUUUAACUCUCGUCCAAUCAUAGAAACGCUAACGACGAUUGCUCAGGAAAAUACCGCUGCCGCCGAAGGAAUCCUCAAUGUCAUCACCGCCAGAAUCUACAAAUGCAUCCCAGAACAGAAGCUCUUUGCCAUGUACCUACUCGAUCUGAUUUGCAAAAUUGUCGGUCAGCCAUAUAAUAUCAUUGUCGGGCCGGAGAUCUUCAAAUUGUUCUCCCAUGUAUAUGUGUUGGUGAGCGAUCACACGAGAGGUAAGUUGGUGAAAAUGUAUGAGUUAUGGAAAGUGACGCGGACGAAAAACGCCGGUGGGCCUCUUUUCCCUCCUGAGGAGCUUGAAAAAAUCGGGAAUUUUCUACAGCAGGCUGGCUACCGCAAGCCAGAAGUGCCUGCCGUUUCAGCUACAGAUCUUAUAGCAGAUAUCGACAUGCUAUUGCCAAUCAUGAAAAACAAGCUCGUGAACAACCCAAGAGAUACAUCGCUCAACGACAGGGCCAACGCUUUGCUGGAGCUCAAAAUCUUGCUCCAAAGCCAGGCGCUCAAACCAAACGAUUUGUUAGGAAUACAGGAAAAACUAUCGUCCAUGAAGCAAGCCGAGCUCUACACAGCUAGCAGCACGCCGAAAAUACCUGAUACACCGGCUGUGCCCACGAAAGUACCCGGCCCAUUUGUGCCAGAGACUGGAAUGCCAGGUAAGGCCGAGGCUCUCUUUGCUGACCUCCUAGCUUCAGGUUUGGUGAAGAUGGAACAAUCGUUGAAAGCGGGUUCCAAGCCAGUUUACGAGCUUGUGAUGCCAAAAGAGAAAUACGAACCAUCCAGUGCUAGAGAUGGUAUGUCGACAUCUGUACUUGAGCAGCUUCUUAUGGACGCCAAUAACCCGGGUAGGUCAGUCUAUGAACAAGCUCAAUUCAAAGAGCUUCUCAAAAUCUCCAAGAAGCUACAAAAGACCGAGUCUUUUGGUCAGUCAUUGCAAAAUUUUGUGAACCACAUCAAGCUCGAUAUGUCCACUAUACAACUUCUUUAUGACGCCAAAGCUCUGAAAUGUGCACAGUGUGGUAAGCGUUUCACAGACGAUGAAGUUGGAAACAAGAGAAAACGUAUACAUUUGGACUGGCAUUUCCGUAUAAACAAGAAGCUGGCAAACUACAAGACCAACAUCCAGUCGAGAAACUGGUACCUUGAUGACUUUGAAUGGGUCAAAUUUAAAGAUGACGAGCUUCUUGAGUUUGGCGAUGCUGGCGAAAACAAGGAUGCCGCCAAGAAGCCCGAACAGAAGGAGGAAGAGAGGGUCUACGUUGUUAUUCCUUCGAAUGAAAACAUCACCAACAACAUUUGCACAAUCUGCCGAGAGCAGAUCAAGCCAACAUACGAUGAAAGCCUUGGUGAGUGGAUUUGGGACGGCUGUGUCUACGCUGCAGGCGGAAAGGCCAGCAAAAAGAUUCUCCAUGCUAGUUGCUGGCAGGAGACUGCUAAAAAGAGAAGUAGUAACGGCACAGAGGACAGAAAAAUCAAGCGUGAGAAGACAUGA